AUGCCGAUAUCUACUCUGUUUGCUGUUAAAAAUGUCGGUUGUUAUGCAGAGGCCACCGACGACGAGCAGGGCCAGCCCGUGUACAAGGUGGUGCACCGCGUGACCGACGCCGACAACGCGCUCCGCGCCGGCGACCCGUUCCCCGGCACAUCGGCGAACUCCACCGUCACCGACACCGACCGCUACGCGGCGGCCAAGGAGCUCUACCUCGGCGACCGGUGCCAGGUGCCCGACAGCCCGGUGCCGUGGCAGUUCUGGAUGGUGAUGCUCAAGAACGGCAACCUGGACACGACGGCGGCCAUCUGCCCCGACAAUGGCCGCCCGGCGCGCCCGUUCGCGCAGACCUCCCGGUUCCCCUGCCCCGGCGGCACGGGGUGCAUGAACCAGCCGCUGGUGUUCCACAACCGCACCGCGCUGGACGACGCCGGCCGGUGGCUCCGCGGCGGGCUGUUCGGCACGUACGAGCUGGACGCCACGGAUCUCGGGAGCAGCGACGUGUCCUACUACUCGGUGGUGUGGGAGAAGCAGAUCGGCCCGGCGGGCGGCGCCGGCUGGGCCUUCCACCACAAGCUGCGGACGUCGGCCAAGUACCCCUGGCUGAUGCUGUACCUCCGGUCCGACGCCACCAGGGGCUUCUCCGGCGGCUACCACUACGACACCAGAGGCAUGACAAAGAUAGUGAGUGCUUCUGUCAAGUCGUUAUCCGUUUUCACAACCACCGGAUUUUGUCUGGCGACGUGGCUGACGCUGGAGGUGAAGCAGGGCGGGGGGGCGAACAGCCAGUUCUACCUGAUGGACAUGGGCAGCUGCUGGAAGAACGACGGCGCGGCGUGCGACGGCGACACGGCCACGGAUGUGACCCGGUACAGCGAGAUGAUCAUCAACCCGGAGACGCCGGCGUGGUGCCAGCCGGGGCGGAGGGACCAGUGCCCGCCGUGGCACACGUUCCGCAACGGCACGCGCGUGCACCGCGACGACGCCGCGCGGUUCCCCUACGCCGCCUACCACGUCUACUGCUCGCCGGGGAACGCGCGGCACGCCGAGCAGCCGACGACGUACUGCGACCCCUACAGCAACCCGCAGCCGCAGGAGAUCCUGCAGAUCGUGCCGCACCCGGUGUGGGGCGAGUUCGGGUACCCCACGGCAAGGGGGCAGGGCUGGAUCGGCGACCCCAGGGCGUGGGAGCUCGACGUCGGGGCCUUGUCGCACGCGCUGUAUUUCUACCAGGAUCCGGGCACGCCGCCGGCGAGGAGGCGGUGGUCGUCGCUUGACGUCGGCACCGAGAUAUACGUCAGCAAGAAGGCGGAGGCGGAGUGGACGCUGAGUGGGUUCGACAUUCUUGUUCCCAACAAGCUCAAGGUAUGUAAUUCCUCGGGCGGCAUCAGUUCUGGUGAUCCUGAAGACAUUGGAAAGGAGCUUGCUAUGCGUGUGAAGAAGUUCCAGACAUUCACCGAGAAGAAAGGCUUCAAAAAGUCUUCACGAUCCAGCUCAAGAAAUGAUGAAGCUUCUGCUCAUGACCACAAGAAGAGAACAUGCCACAAGUGCAAGAAACCUGGUCACUACAUCUUUGAGUGUCCGCAGUGGGAAAAUGAAAACAACAAGAAGAAGAAGAGCAAGGAAUAUGAUUCUGAUGACAAGAAGAAGAAAUCCUCAAAGUCUUCUUCCAAGUCUUCAUCACACAAGAAGAGCUCAUCUGGCAAGGCUCGUGCUUUUGUUGGCAAGGAGAUGGAUUCAGAGGAGGAGUCUGCUUCAGAGGAGGCGGAGGUGGAGUCUGAGGAGGAGUCCGACUCUGGCGUUGCAAGUCUGGCUCUAGCUACAGCCUACGUUGCCAAGUCCAUCUUCAACACCGAAGACAAUGGCUCCGUCACCUAUGCUGAUGCUAAUGACAAGGACGACUCCACACCCACCUACUGCUUCAUGGCACGUAGUGCCAAGCUUCUAUGGAUGAAGCAAACACUCAAAGACUAUGGCAUCCAUCUGAAGCAAGUACCACUCUACUGCGACAAUGAAAGCGCCAUCAAGAUUGCCAACAACCCAGUUCAGCACUCGAAGACAAAGCACAUUGAAAUUCUUCAUCACUUUCUCAGAGAUCAUGUCAUGAAGGAAGAUAUUGAUAUCAUUCAUGUCAACACUGAAGAGCAACUGGCAGAUAUCUCCACAAAGCCCUUGGAUGAGAAAAGGUUUUGCAAGUUGCGCUGCCGCAACCUCACCGACGUUGUCCUCACGCCGCCCGCGGACAUGGUCUUCUCCGCCGCAGCCGUAGGUGUCCUCCGUCGCCAAGUUAGGGCAUGA